AUGACCACCACCGGUCGACCUCCUCCUGAGCCACUCUAUACGUUUAGACCAUUCCACCAUGCCGUCCAUUCAUCGCCUAAUGCACCCGCCAUCAGUCACUCAAUCACCCAUAUAGCCUUCAUUCAUCGACCUUGCCUCGGAACGCCUAAUCACAAGCUCUUACAGCUUCUUACGACAGAUGAGCUCGGUUUUGUUGUGCUCUGGAGCUUAGAAUCUAAACGCGCCGAAGUACUAUGGAAGCCGCAUCCUGAUUCUUCAAAAUUUGGUGGCUGUCUGUGGGCCGAAGGGGUGGUGGAAUCUCAAGACGCUUCAACAUUGCGAGAGGAGGAUGUGAAUUAUCUUUACAUUGUCUCUCAAGGUCGAGACCAUCGUUUUGUACUUUCCCGGGUACCAGCUCAGCCGGCUUUAUCACUCAAUCGAGCUGCAUUCCGACCUACUGCCGACCAUCCAUCGCCUGAUGUAGAUAUUGUAGCCGAUAGCCCUACCAAUACCACCAGUUUCUGCAAGGCCGCAUUGCUCACUUGUGAUGCUUUACCGCAUUCCAAAUGGACCUGCAUCUUGGCAGCUCCUAGUUCAGUCGAUGAGAAAUUUGUGGAUAUUUUCGCUGUGCGGACUCACGUUGAGGCGCCGCAGAUCCACAGGAUAUAUCGGGGCGUCGGUGAUGAAGGCGCAAUACAUGAGAUGGGUGCGGUGAUGUCUGUUUCGCUAUGCAGACCCGACGGAUUUCGCAAAGCAACAUUAUUGCUCGUUGGCUAUGAAAGCGGCGCUGUUGCACUUUUCAGCCACCAUGACGCCAACAAUGAUAUCGGUCAGGGGGUGUGGCAAAGAGUCGCCUCGUUCCGUGGGCACGAUGAACCCAUUUUCUCCAUGUGCAUUGGCGCCAACUUGGAUCAUUCGUGCGCUGCCACCGCGUGGAGUGUGGGUGCAGAUCAUAAAAUCGUCCGUUAUGACAUUGAAGUCACAUAUGUUCGAUCUAAUAACACCACUCUUGAAUGCACGAGUGGUAAGGAAGAACAUGCACUUCUGAAAUACGACUUCAAACCUACUGUCUAUACGACUCGAAGUCCGUGUCGCUUUGAUGUGAAGUUGCGUUCGGAUGGGAAAGUGAUGGCCACAAUUAGUGCAGGAGGCAAGAUAUGGAUGUAUGGGUCUCCACAUCCAGCGCUACAAGGAGGGAAGCUACCACCACUUGGAUUACUCAAACUCAAGACCAGCGAAGAAAUUCGAGGUGGUGUACUGUCAUUCGCCCCAAUCCGGGACAGCCAAAAGUCACAUGCACACAAAUCGCAUCUCGAAGGCCUCGGUAUGCUUGACACUGUAGGAAACCGAGCACUUCUGGCUGCUGCCGACAAGGGUGGGUCGGUCAUCAUAUGGGAAGUUUUUCCAAUGUCAUAAAAAAUAUCAGUAAGCAUGUAAAGUUGACCAAACUGUGAGUCUUCCACGGGCUGUGUAUAUCAUGAAUCAUGUCGGAAGAUGAGCACCAUUGUAAUGCAAAUUGGGAGAGAAACACAAUAUUCAAAACAUGUGUAAUCUCAUCUGGAGACUUCUUGUCUCGAUAACUGUUCUCGUGGCGAUUGUGUGGUGAUUGCCAGGUACGAAGAACCCGGAGCCCCAGUAAAGUACUAACUAAAAUGUAUUGCCCAUACACUCCAAAGAACGUAGAAUGUCGGUCCUCUAUGGGUUUGGAACGGAUAAUUGUGGAAAACGGACGUAUCUCAAUAUAGCGGAGGUCUUAUGUCACUUGAUAUCUCUUCGACUUGCUCAAGGCGUUUAAACACAACUUCAGAUUUAUCUUUGAU